AUGCCUCCUCCUCCCCCAGCAGAGGUUAUCGAUGGGUGCAAGACCUUUAUCCCUCUCGAAAACAAUCCUGAUGUACUGAAACUUCUUUGUGCAAACCUCAGUAUUUCCCAAGAUCUUGUAUUUCAUGAUCUAUUCUCCACAUCUCCAGAGUUCCUUCGAGAGUGGUAUCCCCGACCUUGCCAUGCCAUGAUUCUACUCGCACACAGCCCAAUCUAUAACGCUGCCCGUUCGGCUAUUGAGCCUACCAUCCCAGAAUACGAGGGCUUCGGCCCCAAUGAACCGGUGCUAUGGAUGAGACAGACCAUUGGGCAUGCCUGCGGGCUGAUGGCGCUCUUACAUGUCGUCUUUAAUCUGGAAGAUGGUCGAUAUGUCUCUCCAGGCUCAGAACUAGACACACUCCUUCAACAAGCUGUUCAGCUAGGCCCCACAGAGCGAGCUCAACUGCUCUACGAUUCCAAGUUCCUUGAAGAGAUGCAUAUGGAUGCAGCCUCACGCGGAUCCUCGGCUGCUCCCUCGCCUCAUGAUGAAAAUCAUCACCAUUUUUUGGCCUUUGUCCAGAAGGAUGGGCAGGUAUGGGAGCUGAAUGGAGGAAUGAAUGGACCCCUGCUCCGAGGAACAUUGAAAGAUGAAGAAGAUCUACUGAGUGAGAACGGGCUGAAACUAACGGUUCAGGAUUUCUUGACGGCUGCUGAGCAGAGUGGAUUCGAAGAGAUGAGCAUCGUCGCAGUUACUGGGCACGGUGCUGCUACUUCACGUUUACCUUGA